AUGGCGACGGCGACUCCAGAGCCAGACUCGAAAGAGUCUCCAAAGGCUCAACCUCAACCUCCACCCCAACCACAACCACAACCUGCAGAUUCAAAGCCUCCAAACUUUUAUGGUUAUUUGAUCAACCAGGACAAGGCGCCAACCCCGAUUCUAGAUGCCCUCCUACGCGCCAUCGCGAACCACAUUAUCGCAGAAAUCGGCGACAAAAAUGUACAGGCCCUGACUCCUCAAAAGCUUGCCGCCUUCUACAAGGCAGUUGGCGGCAAUUAUGACGCCCUUUUCAUCGACAUGCCCUACCCCGCCAUAUCUUACAUAUGGCAGGUCACUGGAUGCCAACACUCCCUGCAACCCUCCGAGAACGACUUCGAUGCCCCUUCCGUACCGGCCCUGACAAAACGCGGCUUUGUGCGAUGGGAAAUAAUCGAGAUCUUGCUAGACCCGGAAGAGCAUGUGCCCUUUAUCCAAAACGCAGUCAAGAACUGGAAUCUCAAGCAUCCUCAGACGAAUGAGCCGUUUCCUAAAGAUCUGCCCGACGACGCCUUUCCCGCCCAGCCAGACCCCGGAAUCUCUGAGUGGCACAAGAAAUGCGCCGAGAAGCUGAGGAAAGCUGCGACCCCCAAUCAAGACUCAACCGCUCCGAAGCCCGCCGCCGCCGCCGCUGCUGCUGGCGCACCACCUUCAAAUUGGCCGCCGGACAGGGACGAGCCGAGGGUCAAGGCCGCCUACGUGCACGUUCGAAACCCUUAUCCAAAGGCAUCACCACCUCCGCGCCCCCCUCAGACGGAGUACUUCCCCCCGCCGACACGGCCAGUGGCCUAUAGUCAUGUCCCGGGUCAUGGCGGACGCUAUCCCCCGUCCCGGCUGAACAUUCCAGCAGCCCGAUCUCCCGAGCAAGAACGAUACCGAGGUCAGAAUCAGAAUUCACCGGAUGAUCGCCGCCGCCGAAGCUUCUCCGACUAUCCAUCUCCCUCGGGUGAUCCCAUGUAUGCUUCGGAGCAUCUCCACCCAAAUAGGCCACCCAUGCAACCUCGAAGACAUAGUCAACCUCGUCACUACUCGUCCUCCUCAACUUCCGAUUCCGAGGAGCCAGGGAGCCCACGAUCCAAGCGCAGGCCUCACACGCACCAUUCCAACGAACCCCCGCCUCCAGGCUUCCGGCGCAUGCCUCCUCCCCCACCAUCGGUUCAAGUACCGUCAGGGGCUCGUCUGCAUCGCUCGGAGCUACGGGCAGACGACCCUCGCCGUCGCAGCAUCCCGAUCGUCGAGAAGAUCAGCGAGAAAGUGGCAUCUAUCCUCCCCAACGGCCGUUCACCGGAUCGGCAGCGCAGCACUUCAGGUCGCCGGAGCGAUCCACCCUCCCGUCGCAGCCGUGAGCAUCUUCCCACAUCGAAGCUGAACCGCAGCUGGCCCGACAUCGCUCCGGAUGAGUCAGAAGAAUCCGAAUCUGAGGAAGAGGCGCGCCGGCGUCACCGGCGGCGUGAGUUGGAGGAGAGGGAGCGAGCAGAAAGGGAAAGACAGCAAAGAGCCCGCGACAGAGAGCGUGGCAGGGACAAGGAUCGAAGACGCGAUAGGGAGAGAGACAGAGACCACGAACAUCGAGAGCGCGACAGAGGGGAGCGCGUAGUAGACUGGGAGAGGGAUGAGGACAGGGAAGCUCGCCGGCGGCGGGAGCGACUGCACCCUGUGCGUCCGGAGGCUCAGCGCCGCACCAGCAGCCACGCCGACAUAGAUCGCAUGCGUGAGCGAGGCGAACCUCCCUGGGAACCUCGGGACCGUGAGUUCAGAGAUGAUAGAAAGAGGUACAAGGAACCGCGCGGAGCCAGUCCCACGAUUUCUGGCGUUGGCGGGCGUCAAUAUCCCAGUACUAAGCAGGCAUGGGAUUGA